GAUUCUGAGAAGGAACAGGCUUCAUCCAAGGGGAGAGCCUCCUCGUCCUCUUCCACCGCCGCUUCCUCCGCCGCACAACAGCAGGAGAAAAAGGAGGUUUUUCUGGCCCCGGCGCCACUCACGUCGAAGUCAUGGGCUGACGUUGACGACGAGGAUGAUACGAUUGACGACUACUACGCCAUCACCGCUCCACCUCAAUCCAUUUGGGGCGCUCCUGUUGCUGCUGCAGCUGAAUCCGAGGCCCAUGCUGAGGAAAGCGAUAGUGAGAUAGAAGGCCUUGAUGAUGCCGAGGAUGAACAUGAAAAUGAAUUAGAAGCGCCAGUAGAACCUGAAACUGUUGUUAAGAAGCCUCGUGAACCUUCGUUGUCUACCAAGGAAACUGAAGAGCAACUUUCAAAGAAGGAAUUGAAGAAAAAAGAGCUUGAGGAGCUUGAAGCUGUUUUAGCAGAGCUAGGAUUGCAAAAAGAACCCGGAAGCCAGGCUGACUCCCAUGGUGCUGAGAAGAAGGUCGAGGAUCGCAAUGGUGAGUUAGAAAAGAAGGAGAAUGCCACCAGUGAAAACAAAAAUGCAAAGAAGAAGAAGAAGGACAAAUCUUCAAAGGAGCAGAAAGAAUCGCAAGACCUGCCUGAUUCUGUGGUUGAUGGAAAGACAACUAUGGAAACUGCUGGAACGGGGAAGGCAGAGGACGCACCUGUAACUGACGUGAAAGAGUGGCAUAAGAAAGUUGCAUCUGUGAAGAAGAAAAUCAAGAAGAUGGAUGCUGCUGCUAGUGAGGCACGAGUUUCAGUUACAUCCAAUUCGAAUCAAUUCAACAAUGGCCGCCGUGGCUUCACCUUCCUCUAGAAAUCAGACGCUGUCCUCCUCGCGCUCCUUUUCCUACCCCUUCGCUUCAUACAUCUUCGCUCCCAGAGCCUCCCCCUCAUCCCCACGCGCUUCUCCUCCUCCUUUGGCCACCAUCGGCAUUUUUCUUCCAAC